AUGCCCGACUUGCACACCCUUCCGGCGGGCUCACGCCCAGAACGCGCCAUCCGCAAUAACGGUCCGUCCGAUCUUGCCCUCGAGCGAUAUAAACUCCGGGAGCUGGCAGAGGGAUGGCCGUGCUAUCGGGACGCAUGUGAGUGGGAGAACCUGCGCUCGAUCUUCCAUCCCGAUGCCCAUAUCUACACCACCUGGACGGGUCUCACGCACCACCUCCAGUUCAUCGAGGCCUCCAAGACGGGGAUGGACAAUGGUGUGUUCAUCAUGCACCGCAUCCACGGGAGCACAACCGAUAUCGACCCAAGCGGGGUACGUGCUGUUACCAAAAUGAAAGCCACCAUCACCCAGAGGUUCUCUGGUCUCCCCUGCGUCUCUGGGGGCACCUGUGAAGCUGAUGCCGAGAGCGACUGCCGGUUUAUCUUCUUCUGGGAAAAGCUGGACGGCUCCGAGUAUCCGGAGUUGGACCAACAAUGGCGGGCUCGCUUUGUUAGACACUGGUAUGAGAAAGACAAGUUGAUCGCGGUGACUGCUGGUCGUGAUCCUGUUAUCGACCUGGAGAAGUUGCAGCAAUAUCCGCCUGGGUACCGGCAUUUGGCAUAUCUACAGGAAUCCACCAUGGGCGUGAAAGUUCUUCUCGACCUCCCUGGACAUCGGAGAGAGGGGUCGACUGUGAACGGGCAGAAGCAUGAUCUGUUUCAGGAAUAUCCAAUGCUUCACGGAUGCAACAGCUACAAGGACAACCGCGGAUUCCCCACUACGCUUAAAUCCAUAGCCUUGAGAGAAAUACGGAUGAAAUAUCUAUUCGAUGUCAUCAUGCCGUCCCUCCUUCUUAUUAAUGGUCCCAACCUGAACCUCCUGGGCACCCGCGAGCCUCAUUUAUACGGUGCCACCACCCUCCGAGAUGUUGAGGAAAUGUCAAGAGUCCAAGCGAACAACUACGGAAUAGACCUCGAAACCUUCCAAUCCAACCAUGAAGGCCAUAUUAUCGACCGCAUCCACUCCGCCCGAGGCCACAUCGAUGUCAUUAUCAUCAACCCUGGCGCAUUGACGCACACGAGUGUUGGGCUACGCGACGCUCUGGUCGGCGUCUCGAUUCCGUUUAUCGAAGUCCAUAUCACGAAUGUGCACGCGAGGGAGCCGUUCAGGCAUCAUAGUUAUCUAUCAGACAAGGCAUCGGCGAUAUUGGUUGGUCUGGGAACUUAUGGAUACGAAGCGGCCAUUCAGCAUGCAGCUAAAAAUAUGAUUCGCAAGAACUGA